GACAGCAGUUAUUUCCUUUUAUCAAGGGACUUACAACUUCACCUGUGUGUAAGAAAUUGCACUCAGGUACAAAAUGGAUUGGGUGACCUAUUUGACAGCUACCAAGAUUAGAAGAAAAACACUGACAAUUGCAGUGUUAAGUUUAGUAUUUUGUAGUGCAUCAGCUGAUUCAGCAAACUCACAUACAACUGCAACAACUGAAUUUAUGACUGUCACAUCAUACUCACCUGCACAAACGACACAAUUCUGCUAUGAACUGACACAACAGCAUAUACAACACUGCUCAACAACAGCUGAAACCACUGCCACACCUACAACUACAACUCAAGUUACAUCUACAACCCCUCCUAAAGAAACAACAACAAGACUUAUAUCUACGGAUGAACCAACAACCACAACUGUUUUAACAUCUACAACUCAACCAACAACCACAACUGCCUCAUCAUCUACAACUGAACAAUCAAAUACAUCUGAAAAAAGCACCACAACACAGACAGCAACAGCAUCCCUACCUACAACAAGUACAGUUCAAUCUACAACCCUGGUUACAACAAACUCACCUACAACUACAUCUCAGUCUACAACUACAGCCCCUCCUACAGAAACAACAACAAAACUUACAACUACAACUGAACCAACAACCACAACUGCUUCAUCUUCUGCAACUGAACUAACAACCACAACUGCUUCAACAUCUACAACUGAACAAUCAACUACAUCUGAACAAAGCACCACAACACAGACCACAACACCAUCCCUGCCUACAACAAGUACAGUUCAAUCUACAAGACUGGUAACAACAAAUUCACCUACAACUAAAUCUCAGUCUACAACUACAGCCCCUCCUACAGAAACAACAACAACACUUACAACUACAGCUGAACCAACAACCACAACUGCUUCAUCAUCUACAACUGAACAAUCAACUACAUCUGAACAAAGCACCACAACACAGACCACAACACCAUCCCUGCUUACAACAAGUACAGUUCAAUCUACAAGACUGGUAACAACAAAUUCACCUACAACUAAAUCUCAGUCUACAACUACAGCCCCUCCUACAGAAACAACAACAACACUUACAACUACAGCUGAACCAACAACCACAACUGUUUCAUCUUCUACAGCUGAACUAACAACCACAACUGCUUCAACAUCUACAACUGAAAAAUCAACUACAUCUGAACAAAGCACCACAACACAGACAUCAACAACAUCCCUACCUACAACAAGUACAGCUCAAUCUACAAGACUGGUAACAACAAACUCAAUAACAACUACAUCUCAGCUUACAACUACAGCCCCUCCUACAGAAACAACAACAAAAACAACACAACUUACAUCUACAACUGAGCCAACAAUGACAACUGCUUCGUCACCUACAAGUGAACUAACAACCAAAACUGCGUCAACAUCUACAACUGAACAAUCAACUACAUCUCAACAAAGCACCGCAACACAGACAUCAACAACAUCCCUACCUACAACAAAUACAGCUCAAUCUACAACUGAGGUUACAACAAACUCAGCUAUAACUACAUCUCUAGUUACAACUACAGCCCCUCCUACAGAAACAACAACCCAACUUACAUCUACGGCUGAACCAACAACCACAACUGCCUCAUCAUCUACAACUGGACAAUCAACUACAUCUGAACAAAGCACCACAAUGCAGACAGCAACAACAUCACUACCUACUACAGGUACAUCUCAAUCUACAACCUUGGUUACAACAAACUCACCUACAACUACAUUUCUGGUUACAACUACAGCCCCUCCUACAGAAACAACAACACAACAUACAUCUACGGCUGAAAAAACAACCACAACAGUUUUAACAUCUACAACUGAACCAACAACCACAACUGCUUCAUCAUCUACAACUGAACAAUCAACUACAUCUGAGCAAAGCACCGCAACACAGACAUCAACAUCAUCCCUACCUACAACAGGUACAGCUCAAUCUACAACUGAGGUUACAACAAACUCACCUACAACUACAUCUCAACUUACAACUACAGCACCUCCUACAGAAACAACAACACAACUUACAACUCCAGCUGAACCAACAACAACUGCUUCAUCUUCUACAGCUGAACUAACAACCACAGCUGCUUUAACAUCUACAACUGAACAAUCAACUACAUCUGAACUAAGCACCAUAACGCAGACAGCAACAACAUCCCUACCUACAACUAAUACAGCUCAAUCUACAACCUUGAUUACAACAAACUCACCUACAACUACAUCUCUGGUUACAACUACAGCCCCUCCUACAGAAACAACAACACAACUUAUAUCUACGGCUGAACCAACAACCACAACUGUUUUAACAUCUACAACUGAACAAUCAACUACAUCUGAACAAAGCACCACAACACAGACAUCAGCAUCAUCCUUACCUACAACAAGUACAGCUCAAUCUACAACUGCGAUCACAACAAACUCACCUACAACUGCAACUCUGCUUACAACUACAGCCCCUCCUACAGAAACAACAACAACACAACUUACAUCUAUGGCUGAAUCAACAACCACAACUGUUUUAACAUCUACAACGGAACAAUUAACUACAUCUGAACAAAGCACCGCAACACAGACAUCAAUAUCAUCCCUACCUACAACAAGUACAGUUCAAUCUACAACUGAGGUUACAACAAACUCAGCUACAACUACAUCUCAAGUUACAACUACAGCCCCUUUUACAGAAAUAACAACACAACUUAAAUCUACGGCUGAACUAACAAGCACAAGUGCUUCACCAUCUACAACUGAACUAACAACCACAACUGCUUCAACAUCUACAACUGAACAAUCAACUACAUCUGAACAAAGCACCGCAACACAGACAUCAACAACAUCACUACAUACAACAGGUACAUCUCAAUCUACAACUGAGGUUACAACAAACUCACCUACAACUACAUCUCAAGUUACAUUUACAGCCCCUCUUACAGAAACAACAACACAACUUACAUCUACGGCUGAACCAACAACCACAACUGUUUUAACAUCUACAGCUGAACAAUCAACUACAUCUGAGCAAAGCACCACAACACAGACAUCAACAUCAUCCCUACCUACAACAGGUACAGCUCAAUCUACAACUGAGGUUACAACAAACUCACCUACAACUACAUCUCAAGUUACAACUACAGCCCCUCCUACAGAAACAGCAACAACACAACUUACAUCUCCAGGUGAACCAACAACAACAAUUGCUUCAUCUUCUACAGCUGAACUAACAACCACAGCUGCUUCAACAUCUACAACUGAACAAUCAACUACAUCUGAACAAAGCACCACAAUGCAGGCAGCAACAACAUCCCUACGUACAACUAAUACAGUUCAAUCUACAACUGAGGUUACAACAAACUCACCUACAACUGCAACUCUGCUUACAACUACAGCCCCUCCUACUGAAACAACAACAACACAACUUACAUCUAUGGCUGAAUCAACAACCACAACUGUUUUAACAUCUACAACUGAACAAUCAACUACAUCUGAACAAAGCACCGCAACACAGACAUCAUUAUCAUCCUUACCUACAACUAAUACAGCUCAAUCUACAACAGAGGGUACGACAAACUCAGUUACAACUACAUCUCAAGUUACAACUACAGCACCUCCUACAGAAACAACAACAACACAACUUACAUCUCCAGCUGAACCAACAACAACAACUGCUUCAUCUUCUACAGCUGAACUAACAACCACAGCUGCUUCAACAUCUACAACUGAACAAUCAACUACAUCUGAACAAAGCACCACAAUGCAGACAGCAACAACAUCCCUACCUACAACUAAUACAGUUCAAUCUACAACUGAGGUUACAACAAACUCACCUACAACUGCAACUCUGCUUACAACUACAGCCCCUCCUACCGAAACAACAACAACACAACUUACAUCUAUGGCUGAAUCAACAACCACAACUGUUUUAACAUCUACAACUGAACAAUCAACUACAUCUGAACAAAGCACCGCAACACAGACAUCAUUAUCAUCCUUACCUACAACUAAUACAGCUCAAUCUACAACAGAGGGUACGACAAACUCAGUUACAACUACAUCUCAAGUUACAACUACAGCACCUCCUACAGAAACAACAACACAACUUACAUCUACGGCUGAACCAACAACCACAACUGCUUCAUCAUCUACAGCUGAACUAACAACCACAACUGCUUCAACAUCUACAACUGAACAAUCAUCUACAUCUGAACAAAGCACCGCAACACAGACAUCAACAACCUCACUACAUACAACAGGUACAUCUCAAUCUACAACUGAGGUUACAACAAACUCACCUACAACUACAUCUCUGGUUACAACUACAGCACCUCCUACAGAAACAACAACACAACUUACAUCUACGGCUGAACCAACAACCACAGCUGUUUUAACAUCUACAACUGAACAAUCAACUACAUCUGAACAAAGCACCGCAACACAGACAACAUCAUCGCUACCUACAACAAGCACAGCUCAAUCUACAACUGCGGUCACAACAAACUCACCUACAACUGCAACUCUGCUUACAACUACAGCCCCUCUUACCGAAACAACAACAAAACAACUUACAUCUACCAUAACUGUUUUAACAUCUACAACAGAACAAUCAACUACACCUGAACACAGCACCACAACGCAGACAGCAACAACAGCCCUCCCUACAACAGUUACAUCUCAAUCUACAACUGAGGUUACAACAAACUCACCUACAACUACAUCUCUGGUUACAACUACUGCCCCUCCUACAGAAACAACAACACAACUUACAUCUAUAGCUGAACCAACAACCACAACUGUUUUAACAUCUACAACUGAAGUAUCAACUACAUCGAAGCAAAACACCGCAACACCUACAUCAACAUUAUCCCUCCCUACAACAAAUACAGCUCAAUCUACAACUGAGGGUACAACAAACUCAGCUACAACAACAUCUCAUGUUACAACUACAGCCCCUCCUUCAGAAACAACAACAACACAACUUACAUCUACGGCUGAACCAACAACCACAACUGUUUUAACAUUUACAACUGAAGAAUCAACUACAUCUGAGCAAAGCACCGCAACACCUACAUCAACAACAUCCCUCCCUACAACAAAUACAGCUCAAUCUACAACUGAGGUUACAACAAACUCAGCUACAACAACAUCUCAGGUUACAGCUACAGCCCCUCCUUCAGAAACAACAACAACACAACUUACAUCUAUAGCUGAACCAACAACCACAACUGUUUUAACAUCUACAACUGAAGUAUCAACUACAUCGAAGCAAAACACCGCAACACCUACAUCAACAUCAUCCCUCCCUACAACAAAUACAGCUCAAUCUACAACUGAGGUUACAACAAACUCAGCUACAACAACAUCUCAGGUUACAGCUACAGCCCCUCCUUCAGAAACAACAACAACACAACUUACAUCUACGGCUGAACCAACAACUAUAACUGCUUCAUCUUCUACAGCUGAACUAACAACCACAACUGCUUCAACAUCUACAACUGAACAAACAACUACAUCUCAACAAAGUACUACAAUGCAGACAGCAACAACAUCACUACAUACAACAAGUACAGCUCAAUCUACAACUUUGUUCACAACAAACUCACCUACAACUACAACUACAUCUCAGCUGACAACUACAGCCUCUCCUACAGAAACAACAACAAAACUUACAUCUACGGCUGAACCAACAACCACAACUGCUUCAUCAUCUACAACUGAUCAAUCAACUACAUCUAAACAAAGCACCGCAACACAGACAUCAACAUCAUCCCUACCUACAACAAGUACAGCUCAAUCUACAACUGAGGUUACAACAAACUCACCUACAACUACAUCUCAAGUUACAACUACAGCCCCUCCUACAGAAAUAACAACAACACAUCUUACAUCUACGGCUGAACCAACAACCACAAUUGCUUCAUCAUCUACAACUGAACUAAGAAAAACAACUGCUUUAACAUCUACAACUGAACAAUCAACUACAUCUGAACAAAGCACCACAAUGAAGACAGCAACAACAUCCCUACCUACAACAAAUACAGCUCAGUCUACAACCUUGGUUACAACAAACUCACCUUCAACUACAUCUCUGGUUACAACUACAGCCCCUCCUACAGAAACAACAACACAACUUACAUCUACGGCUGAACCAACAACCACAACUGUUUUAACAUCUACAACUGAACAAUCAACUACAUCUGAACAAAGCACUGCAACACAUAUAUCAACAUCAUCCCUACCUACAACAAGUACAUCUCAAACUACAGCUGUGGUCACAACAAAUUCACCUUCAACUGCAACUAUGCUUACAACUACAGUCUCUCCUACUGAAACAACAACACAACUUACAUCUACCAUAACUGUUUUAACAUCUGCAACAGAACAAUCAACUACAUCUGAACAAAGCAUCACAACACAGAAAUCAACAUCAACCCUACCUACAACAAGUACAUCUCAAUCUACAACUGAGUUUACAGCAAACUCAGCUACAACUACAUCUCGGGAUACUACUACAGCACCUCCUACAGAAACAACAACACAACUUACAUCUACAGCUGAAACAACAACCACAACUGCUUCAUCAUCUACAACUGAACAAUCAACUACAUCUAAACAAAGCACCGCAACACAGACAUCAACAUCAUCCUUACCUACAACAAGUACAGCUCAAUCUACAACUGCGGUCACAACAAAUUCACCUACAACUGCAACUCUGCUUACAACUACAGCCCCUCCUACAGAAACAACAACACAACUUACAUCUAUGGCUGAACCAACAACCACAACUGCCUCAUCAUCUACAACUGAACAAUCAACUACAUCUGAACAAAGCACCGUAACACAGACAUCAACAUCAUCCUUACCUACAACAAGUACAGCUCAAUCUACAACUGCGAUCACAACAAACUCACCUACAACUGCAACUCUGCUUACAACUACAGCCCCUCCUACAGAAACAACAACACAACUUACAUCUAUGGCUGAACCAACAACCACAACUGCUUCAACAUUUACAACUGAACAAUCAACUACAUCUGAACAAAGCACCACAAUGCAGACAGCAACAACAUCACUACCUACUACAGGUACAUCUCAAUCUACAACCCUGGUUACAACAAACUCACCUACAACUACAUCUCUGGUUACACCUACAGAACCUCCUACAGAAACAACAACAAAACUCAUAUCUACAGCUAAAUCAACAACCACAACUGUUUUAACAUCUACAACUCAACCAACAACCACAACAGCAUCAUCAUCUCCAUCUGAACAAUCAACUUCAUCUGAACAAAGCACCGCAACACAGACAUCAACAUCACACUUACCUACAACAAAUACAGCUCAAUCUACAACCUUGGUUACAACACACUCACCUACAGCUACAUCUCAGGUUACAACUACAGCCUUUCCUACAGAAACAACAACACAACUUACAUCUCCAGCUGAACCAACAACCACAACUGCUUCAACAUCUACAACUGAACUUACAACCAUAACUGCUUCAACAUCUACUACUGAACAAUCAACUACAUCUGAACAAAGCACCACAAUGCAUACAUCAAAAACAUCCUUACCUACAACUAAUACAGCUCAAUCUACAACUGAGGUUACAGCAAACUCACCUACAGCUACAUCUCAAGUUACAACUACAGCCCCUCCUAAAGAAACAACAACAAGACAACUUACAUCUACGGCUGAAACAUUAACCACAACUCUUUUAUCAUCUACAACAAAACAAUCAACUACAUCUGAACACAGCACCACAUUGCAGACAGCAACAAUAUCCCUACCUACAACAAGUACAGCUCAACCUACAAUUAUGUUUACAACAAACAUGACUGUGACAUCAAGCUCAGCUACACAAACGACUCAAUUCUGCUUAAAAGUGACACAACAGCUGAGACAACACUGCUCAACAACAACUGAAACUCUGUUUACUACAACUGCCAAGCCUACACAAAAACCUGAAUCAACAAACUCACCUACAACUGCAACAACUGAAUCUAUGACUGUUCCAUUGAACACAACUGCAACUCUGCUAACAACUACAGCCCCUCCUACAGAAGCAACAACAACACAACUUACAUCCAUGGGUGAACCAACAAUCACAACCAAAGCUCAAUCAACAACAACACCAGACACAACCCAGACAGUUUUUGUUAGCUUUUCCAGCAGUGGAAAUUUUGUUUCUGAUCUGUCAAAUCCAGAUUCAGAAGCAUAUAAAAACAGAGAAAAAGAAGUCAAUGAUACGUUGACACCAUUGUUUAAAAAUGCAUCGGCCUCCUUCAAAGGACUAACAGUUAUUCGGUUCCGUAAUGGGUCAAUCAUCACUGAUAUGAAUGUGACAUUUGGAACCUUACCCAAUGAUGCAGAGAUAAUAAAUACUAUUAUGAAAGCUAAUGCCACUCUCAAUAUCACCACAGUAACACUAAGGGAGCUCACCACAACUACCAAAGCCACUACAACCACAACUAUAACCACACCUAAUACACCAACGUCAACAACAACCACAACGUCUACAGCCAAUUCUAAUACACCAUCAUCAACAACAACCACAACGUCUACAGCCAAUCCUAAUACAACAGCGCCAACAACAACCACAACGUCUACAGCCAAUCCUAAUACAACAGCGCCAACAACAACCACAAUGUCUACAGCCAAUCCUAAUACACCAUCAUCAACAACAACCACAACGUCUACAGCCAAUCCUAAUACACCAGUGUCAACAACAACCACAACGUCUACAGCCAAUCCUAAUACAAUAGCGCCAACAACAACCACAACGUCUACAGCCAAUCCUAAUACACCAUCAUCAACAACAACCACAACGUCUACAGCCAAUCCUAAUACACCAGUGUCAACAACAACCACAACAUCUAUAGCCAAUCCUAAUACAACAGCGCCAACAACAACCACAACGUCUACAGCCAAUCCUAAUACACCAUCAUCAACAACAACCACAACGUCUACAGCCAAUCCUAAUACACCAGUGUCAACAACAACCACAACAUCUAUAGCCAAUCCUAAUACACCAUCAUCAACAACAACCACAACGUCUACAGCCAAUCCUAAUACAACAGCGCCAACAACAACCACAACGUCUACAGCCAAUCCUAAUACAACAGCGCCAACAACAACCACAAUGUCUACAGCCAAUCCUAAUACACCAUCAUCAACAACAACCACAACGUCUACAGCCAAUCCUAAUACACCAGUGUCAACAACAACCACAACGUCUACAGCCAAUCCUAAUACAAUAGCGCCAACAACAACCACAAUGUCUACAGCCAAUCCUAAUACACCAUCAUCAACAACAACCACAACGUCUACAGCCAAUCCUAAUACACCAGUGUCAACAACAACCACAACAUCUACAGCCAAUCCUAAUACAACAGCGCCAACAACAACCACAACGUCUACAGCCAAUCCUAAUACACCAGUGUCAACAACAACCACAACGUCUACAGCCAAUCCUAAUACACCAGUGUCAACAACAACCACAACGUCUACAGCCAAUCUUAAUACACCAGUGUCAACAACAACCACAACAUCUACAGUCAAUCACAAUACAACAGCUGCAACUCUACUAACAGCUACAGAAACAACUUCAAAACAACUUACAUCUACAUUCACAACCAAAGCUCAAUCAACAACAACCCCAGAUUCAACCCAGACAGUUUUUGUUAGCUUUUCCAGCAGUGGAAAUUUUGUCUCUGAUCUGUCAAAUCCAGCUUCAGAAGCAUAUAAAAACAGAGAAAAAGAAGUCAAUGAUACGUUGACACCAUUGUUUAAAAAUGCAUCGGCCUCCUUCAAAGGACUAACAGUUAUUCGGUUCCGUAAUGGGUCAAUCAUCACUGAUAUGAAUGUGACAUUUGGAACCUUACCCAAUGAUGCAGAGAUAAUAAACACUAUUAUGAAAGCUAAUGCCACUCUCAAUAUCACCACAGUAACACUAAGGGAGCCCACCACAACUACCAUAGCCACUACAACCACAACUACAACUACGCCUAAAACAACAGUGUCAACAACCACAACACCUACAGCCAAUCCUAAUACAACAGCAUCAACAACAACCACAACAUCUACAGCCAAACCUAAUACAACAGCAUCAACAACAACCACAACAUCUACAGCCAAACCUAAUACAACAGCAUCAACAACAACCACACCAUCUACAGCCAAACCUAAUGCAACAGCAUCAACAACAACCACAACAUCUACAGCCAAACCUAAUACAACAGCAUCAACAACAACCACAACAUCUACAGCCAAACCUAAUACAACAGCAACAACCACAACUUCUACAGCCACUCCUAAAACACCAGCAGCUGCAAACACAACCACAUCAUCCACUACCAGUCCUAAAACAACAACAACUACAACAAAAUCAACAACAACCACGACAACAACAACAGCAGCAACCACAACAACAACAACAACAGCACCAGCACGUCCUCAGCCAACUAUUGCCAUACAGAUUGUCAUUAUAGAAGUGUUUGUUCCAGCACUGUUAAACCCUCAAACUCCGGAAUUUAAAAACCUAGCCACAAAAGUAGAGAGUAUGUUUGAUGAUGUCUAUAGGAAAAAGUUUGGAGCUCGUUUCAUCAGGACCAUUGUGACUGGUUUCAGAGCUAUUGCCAGGACAAAGGCAGACUCAAACGUAGAGGCGGAGGUUCAGUUAGUGUUCAGUGAAGCGUCCACCGAACCAGUCCCCACUAACACCGACAUUGUGGAGACUCUAAAAGAAGCAGUUUCUAAUCCAACUUCAAGCUUCAACCUCACCCUUGAUGCCACCUCUAUUACUGUCAUUAAAUCACUGCAGAUAAUUCCAGUGACCAUCAUCACCAAUGGAACCUUUGUAGCUGCUCUUUCAAAUAAAAGUUCAACUGAAUUUCAGAACAGGUCUUCGUUGAUAAAAACAGGGCUUGAACCUUUUUUCCUGGCUGAUUACCCUAACUCAUUCAGCACCAUAUCUGUAACAAACUUCAGUGAUGCUGGUGUAAAAUUAAGGAGUGUGCCUAAGAUCCGAAACAGCAUGGAUAUUGUGUUUGGAACGGACGCUGUUCUACCCAAUAGCACCCAGAUAAUGAACACUAUAGUUCGAGCAGCCAGAAACAACACGUUACCCUUCCAGAUCUUCACUUCUUCAGUUAUUAUCAAUGGAACAGAGUUUUCAUCAGGUGAAGUCAGCAGCAGCAUCAGUAUGUUGACCGCUUCCUUCCUGGUUGCGGUGUCACUUCUGGUUCCAUGGAUUCACUGACCUUAACCACUCACGCCAAGAUAACUGAUUCAGAUGGGUCUUGCCUUUCACGCCUGACCAAAUGAAGGACUCAACUUAAGGAUAAAUGUAGCUACUGAUGCUGCUUAAUGAGUAGCAAUGAAAGUACAAAUGUUAAUAAAUCUAUUCUGAGCACUUUAAACUAGAUCUACUAUAGUGGAUUCCGAAUCAGUUCUGUAUCUGUAUGUAAACAAUCAGUAUUGUAUAAAGAACUAUAUAAAUAAAGUCAAAUAAUAAUAAUUUAUAUAAAAGUACCUGCAUGUUUUCACAGAUUUCACUUACUGUAUGUUUGAUUUUUUUUUUUUCAUAUUAUUGUUAAUGGAUUACUGAUUCCAAGAACUGUUCUAUUUUGUAAGAAGAUUUUAUUAAAUGCAUAAAUACA